AUGGUUGCAAACACCACGAAGCCGGAGACGCCAUGGAAGAUUGGUUCGCACUCUUCACUGAAGCCAAAUGCCACCCAGCAAAAUUUCGUGAAGGUCGCAAAGGCCGCAUGCGACUUUACAACGACAGACAAAAACCGUUGUGGGGAGGAAUGCACCGCAAAGUCCAUCAGCGUCUUCCCUGGAUACCCCGUUACCCAAUAUACGUGCAUGCCCAAGGAGACAGCCUCGCCCAAGGUUUUCGUCACCGUAACACCAAUAUCGACCGUUGUAAUCUUUCCUGGGCCUUCAACUACGAGAACAGAGCCGUUACCGACGAAGUCGGCUAAGGAGAUUAUGUCGAAGGGAGCCUGCGGAGAUGUCGUCAGGGAAAUCAGCGCAUGCCCGAUCAAUUGCCCAGCCAGUGUCAUUCCUGGUGGGGUUGGCGCUGUCUAUUCGUGCGUGGACCCUACAGCUACGAGCAAAACUUCACCUUCUUCGACUCCAGCAACGGUAGAGGCUACUACGACUCCUGCCAGCACGGCAUCCUCCUCAACUGCUACAUUAAUCUUCAGCUCCACGACCCCGGCAACGCCACCUUCUUCUACAUUCGAAAUCAUUAUCUCCUCAACAGUCUCUCAAGACGCUUCAACCUCUUCGACUUCUCCGCCAGUGCAGACCCUCCACUCCUUCGAACAGACGCCGGCGGGCAAAGCGACCAUCGCCGUAAGCUUGAUCAGCGGUUUGUUGGUCAUCGGCCUCGCAUUCUUCUUCUACCGCCGCCACAAGCGCAAGGUCGCCGCAAAAAACCGCCGAGAGCCCGAGACCAUCCAGCUACGCUGUGAUGUGGCGAACAGGAAAAGCGACGGCACCUUCUCCGAUGAAGACUCCCGUGCUUUGAGCAUCUGGGAAGUCCUCACCAACACGACUCGAGAAGAGUUCCAUGCCCAGCGAGGCGCGGAGCUUCUCAAGAUGUCCUACAGCAUCACCAUGUCCACAACUUCGGCUACCCCCACCAUUGAUGCCAUCAUGCGAGGCUUGAAGUCCCGUGAUGACGAUGAUGAUGAGCCAACUACGACAACUCGCCCAAAGCCCCAGUCGACGACUUCAAGAGAGACUGAUGAGGACGAGCCAUCCACUACGACUCGUUCCAAGCCUCAGUCCACGUCUUCACAGAAUGACGACGAGGACGAGCCAACGUCAAGCCCAAAAUCCUCCACGAACGUCUCAAGCACGACCAAGAAGUCGUCAAUUUCCAUCCCAAAGCCAACCUCAAACACACCCACCACCCUAUCCACCAAGAUCAGCAAGCCCAGCAGUAGCCCAAGCUCAACGGCCUCGUGGAACCCCUAUUCCUACCCCUCCGCAGCCAACACCACCCAGCCUAGCCCAACCAGCGCCAUUGACAAGAAGCUCGCCGCCCUCCGGAAAACCAACACCAACAUGGGCAUCGUCAUCGCCGUCUUCGUGAUUUGCUUCACGCUGAUGGCGGCUUUCCAGAUCUGGUACUGGUGCGUCUUCAAGCCGAAGAAGAAGGUCGUGAGCAAGGGCAUUGAGCUCGCGACUGGUGGCAAGGCGAAUGGCAGAUCGUGGUUUGGAAAGAAUGUUGGUGGGAAGGUUACGCAGAAGGUCGUUGAUCGUUUCAUCUAA